GAGUAAAAGCGGAAGUAGCAGCGUGUGUUGUCGCAUGCGUGUCGGUAUUUUCGUUGGUGGAUCGGUACCAGUGUCGUCCUCCGUCCGGUUCAUGGCCGUAUUUUACCGGCAAACUCACCAACAGCGUCUUCACGGAGGAAACAUAAAGUUCAACGGGAAGGAGCGAAACUUUUCCAGCCGUAAGAAAGCUCAGGAGUUACGGUAAGCCUUACAGCGAACCGCCCCGCCGAACUUCAUGUCACGAACCGAACACGGUGGUGGCGUUGCAGCGUGAUGUGUGGCGAUGGAGGAUGCGGAUCACAGCUAUUAUGUCGCCCAGCUGAAGGCAGAGUUCGACAGCUGCGACACAACAGCCACAGGCUUCCUGGACAGGCAGGAGCUAACGGCGCUGUGCCGAAAGCUGCAGCUGGACGCUCACUUGCCGCUGCUGCUGGACACGCUGCUGUCAGAGCGACCCUAUGCCAGGGUGAACUUUGAGCAGUUUAAAGAUGGCUUUGUGGCAGUUUUGUCUCGUUCUUUGGACAUCAGCACAUCAGAGGACGACAGCAGGUACCUGGAACCAGCUGUUCCAGAAGAAGUGAAGCCAAAGUUUGUGAAGGGAACAAAGCGUUAUGGCCGCCGCUCCCAUCCUGACAACAUGCCAGAGGACUUGUUGACCUGUGACCCUGAGAAAUCUCUACCAUCAAAAACUAAGACAACAGACCUGUCACCGGCCGGCGUCCGCAGGGCCAAACUGCGUCGGUCCACAUCUCUGGAGAGUGUGGAGAGCUUGAAGUCUGACGAGGACAUAGGACGUCAGAGGGACAACGUACAACCACAAGAUGCUGAACAGCAGGUGACAGCAGAGAGCCACAGGGUGAAGGAGGAGCAUGGGGAACCCAGCAUCAGUGAAAGAGGAGGUCUGCUGGAGGCCGUGUGCGAUCACCUCGGACUGCAGCCGCUAAAUGCUCUGGAGCUGGACGUGUUGCUCCAAAAGCUGAAUGCUGACCUGGAUGGCAGAGUCAGCCUCAAGGACUUCCAGAUGGCUCUGUGUAGCUCCACCCCCAAACGACCUGCUGACCUGCAGAGGGCGAUGCUGAGGGCGGAGUCAGGAGAGUCCUCGUCGUGCUCCACGGCACCCUCACUGCUGACAGCCACAGUGGGUUGUCGUAUCCUCAGCCGGUUGGAUGAUGGCUCGGGAUGUACCAGCCCUGAGCAGGUCGUCGCCCUGUGGAUGGAGGAGGGGAUCCGGAACAGCCGGGACAUCCUUCAGACUUUGGACUUCCCUCCAGAGGAGCGUCUCAGUCUGGCGGAUCUGACUCUGGCUCUGGACAACGAGUUGCUGGGCAGCGGGAACAGUAUCCACCAGGCGGCACUCGUCUCCUACAAGAAUGAGAUCGAGUAUCUGCAGGUCGUGGCAGAGCAGGCCUGCAGGGAGCGCAACAAGGUGAAGUCUGAUCUGGAUCUGGCUGACCAGAGGAACCUGCAGCUGGUCAGGGAGGUGGAUGACCACCACGCCAGCAUGGAGACACUCAACAAGAACAGAAUCAGGGACCUGGAGCAGGAGUACCGUGACAGGCUCGCGGCCCUGCGCAGCCAGUUGGAUCAGGACAGUGAAGUUCUGCUGCAGCAGGUGGACAGAGAGCACGGCGUCCUGCAGGAGGAACUGCAGCUGCUGCAAACCCGGAAUGAGGACCUGCAGGAGGACGUGUACAGAACCACGCAGGAGAACACUCGUCUGGAGGAGGAGCUAAAUGUGGUGAAGCUGAAGCUGUCUGAGGCAGAGAGCACCGUGACCAGGCUGCACCGAGACCUGGACCAGCUGCUGCACAACAAGUUUGGCAGCUUGGACCCGUCCGGCGCUGGUCUGAGUUAUGAGGAGCGCAUCUCUGAAAUCGUCCGGGAGUACGAGCUGCAGUGUCGGGAGCUACGGGACAGGAACGAUGAGCUGAGCUCAGAGUUGACAUUCCUGAAGAGUCACACGAGCGCCAAAAAGUCCAGAAGGUCUGCAGGAGAUGAAGCCGCACUGAGCUGGACUGAACGACACUCGAGCGUUGCUGAGUCAGACUCUGACGACACAGACCUGAAGCGUGGCUCCUCUCCUCUGCUCCACAGCAAGCUGCAGCCUGACAAUAAGAUGGCCCAGAGGACAGUGGACAGCGUCUCUGGUCCUGCUGUCAGCAUUCAGACUGAACUGGCUCUGGAACAGCUGAAGCAGAAACACAGUGAGGAGCUGCAGCAGCUGCACAUCCAGCUGGACACGCAGGUGAAUUAUUAUGAGCGCAGUCUGGAGGUGAUGAGGCAGAGCAUGGAGGUGGAACGCAAAGACAUCUCUCAGGCCUUCAAGAUGGAGAUCAGUGAGUUGGAGGAGCAGAAGGCUCAGGCUGAGCAGCAGGCGAAGCAGCUGAAGGAGGCGCUGGACAAACUGCAUGUCCAGUCUGCAGGAGGAGCAGGAGGCUGGACCCCCGAACAGCAGCGCAGGAUGCAGCGGGAGCGAGCGGAGUUGGAACAGAACUUUGCCAGGGAGAUCAGUAACCUGGUCCAGAGACUGAGUGCGGAGAAGGAUCAGCUGGAGGCUGAGCUGAAGCUCAAGAUGGACCAGGAAGUGAUGCUUGUCAGGGAAGAAGCAGAGCAGCAGCGAUCUCAAAUCAAGCAUCAUUAUGUUGAGCGCCAGCACCAGCUUUUAUACCAGCUUCAGAGAGAGUGCCAGCAGACCCAGGAACAGAGAGGAUUGUGGGAGAACCGGAUGGUGCGACUGGAGCAGGAGAGACUGUGGUGGGAGCAGCAAGCCCGAGAGGAGCAGGCACGAUUCUGCACCCUGUUCGCUUCUGAGAAGAGAAGACUGCAGGAGUCACAUGAGCAAGAAACACAGCAGCUGAAGGACCAGGUUACUGGAUUACAGGAGCAGGUGACGUCAGCUCAGGACCUUAUCCAGAAUCUUCACCUGCAGAUCAUCCACUUAGGAGACAGUUUGGAAGAGUUCAGAGCACGCUGUCAGCAGUUCAAGGGCUUCUGUUGUGAGCUGAAGGUCAAAGUGCAGGAGGUCUGCAGGAGGCUGCAGGAGAGCAUCAGGUUUUUGGACUCUAACAGUGUUUUACAUAAGUGCUUCACCUCAGAAGAACAGCUUCUGGUUCAGCUGUCUCAGCUCAAAGAAGAGCUGGAGGAAGUCUGGACAGGGUUGGACAGUUUCCUUCAAGACAACAAGCUGGUUGCUGAGAACUGCAACCAGCUGUCUGUCUUUAUCCAACAUCAGGUCCAGCUUGGAGCUAAAGACCAAACCGUUACCACACUGAGUUCUGAGGUGGAGGACCUUCAGAAGCUAUUGAGGACCAAAGUUGAUGGUUUCUCCAUACUGACAGCUGAACAGGACUCCUUGAAGACAUAUGAUGCUCAGCUGCUGCAGGUUCUGAAGGAUCACACCAUGGCUGUCUCUGGCCUGCAGCUGGAGGUGAAUGAUACUUUUCCAGAGUUGGACAGGAGGAGAAAUAUAGAAGAGAGCCUACAGGAGGCUCUAAAGCUAGAACAGUCCAAGACUGCUGAACUGCAGUCUAGCCUGGAUGAGAAGGAGGAGGUUUUAGGACAUCUGAUCCAGGAGAAUCAGAACUAUGUCCGGCUGACUGACCAGCUUUCUGUGCAGAUUGUAGAGAUGGAGGAGGAGGUUUCUCUGCUCAGAGACCAUGCAAGAGUUCUCAGUUCACAGCUGAAUGGAACUGCAGAUCCCAGCUCUGAUAUCAUGAAACAGGUGGACUCAAGAUCCAGUGAAGUGGAUCAGAGCGAAUAUGUUCAGCGGCAGACUAUGCAGCUGGGCGCAAAGGUUGGAGAGCUGAACCCACUGAGAGAAGAGGCCACAGGACCCAGUGUGCUGCUGGAGCUGGCCCUGACGGACUCCAGAGCCCAUCUGAGGACCGCCCAGGAGGAUUUUGACAGCGAGAAGAAGAAGAUGGUGGAGCAACUGAUGGAGCUGGAGAAGAUGGUCCUUGUGCUGGAGGAGGUGAUGGACUCAACCAGUCCACACAGGACGCAGCUGGAGGAGGUUCAGUCAGAAAACUGUGCCCUGAAGGAGCGACUCAUCAUCCUGCAGCAGGAGAUUCAAAACCUGGAGGACGACAUGGCCAAGAAGAUGAGCAGACUGGAGGAAACGGAGCGAGAACACAAGAAUGGUCGAGAAGAAGAGGAGAGACUUCGCAAAGAGAACUCCAGGUACCGUGAGGAGUUCCUGGAUCUGAGCAGCAGGAACCUGCAGCUCAGCAAUGACAAUGCCGAGCUGAGCGCCAGCCUCCGCGAUGGCCAGGAGUCAUUCCGGACGCUGCAGGAGCGUCUGACGCUGCUGUCCAAGGAGCAGGAGGAGGGAGGAGCCACAGUGCGUCGGCUGCAGGAUGCAGCGACGGAGCAGGACCGAGCCAGACUGCACCAACAGACAGCCUGGCAGCAAGAGCACCACCUGCUGGAGAGAGAGCUGAACUCCUACAAGGAGAAGAUGGAAGGUGUGGCGAAGCUGAAGGCGGAGCUCAGCAGCGUGACUCUGAAGCAGCAGAGGUUGGAGGAGGAUAAAGCCAAGCUGCUGAAGGAAGUCGACGCCCAGAACCACAAGGUAGAACAGAUGGAAGCCAAAAUCAAGAAGCUGAUCCAGGACAAAGAGGAUCUGCGUCUCAACCUGGAUGAGGAGAUACAGAAACUUAGAUUCCAGAAUCAGGACCUCCAGCACAAGAUGUCAGAGCUGCAGGUCCAGAGUCUGGAAGUCCAGAGGCUGACCCAGGAGCAGCAGAACCUAAAGACCAAACUGAACCAUCUAGAGAUGUCCCAGAUGCAGGCUCAGGAUCAGGCUGUGCGGGCGGACGUGGCGCUCUCUCUGGCUCAGGCCCAGCACGUGCGGCAGGUGCAGCGGCUGAGGGAUCAUGCUGGCACGGCGGAGCGGGAGCAUGUGGACCUGCUGCAGGCCCGGCUGGCUGAGGAGCAGAGGAGGAGCCAGCAGCUGGAGGACACGCUGAAGGUUCACAUCAGCAUGAAGCAGGAUCAGUACGAGAAAGCGAUGUCGGCAUUACAGCAGAGGAUGGAGGAUCUGGAGUCCAAACUGAAGAUGACCAGACUGCUGCUGCAGGACAAAGUCCAGCAGCUCAAAGACCAGCUGGUGAAGAACAACAAGCUGAGCGCCCUGACGAAGGAUCUGUAUGUGGAGAAUUCACAGCUGCUGAGCGCUCUGCAGGUUACCGAGCAGCGGCAGAAGAAUGCAGAGAAGAAGAACCUCACGCUGGAGGACAAAAUCAGCGCGCUCCACAGACUGCUGAGGGAGACCGUCUCCACCUCCCUCGCCACGUAGCCACUCAGCAAACACCAUCAGCCAAGUCUCAAACACAGCCAAUCACAGGUCAGCUUACUGACCGUCAAAUGGGUGCCGUGUGGCACCGCCAUGUGUCACAGAUCCGGGAUGAAGAGGAGCUAAUGGCUGCUCGAGCUUGUCAACAUGGUGCCGCGUGGAAACUCAGGGGUGCUGACAGACAAGUUGCCACGCGGCACCACGACAAUCACGUUUCUCUUUAAAAGCUUUUCUUCUUCUGACCUCGUGUCACUUCCUGUCUGGAGUUUGUGGCGCCGCGUUCACAGGAUUUCAUGUGUAAGAGUGAUGUUUGUGGAUUUGGGGGCGGGGCUUUGCUGACUGUCAGGUACUUGUUUUUGUGAAGUAUUUCAGCCAUGAUGGUAUUAACGUCACAUGACGGAUUUUUAAUAUUUGUAUUAUUUUAAAAGGCAGACUUAUUUUUGAGAAGUAAUAAAGUGUUGGAGACUUUUAAGACCC